GUGUUUCCUGCAGUAUUGGAAGGCAGCAGUUGAUCUAACGUGACCAUGAUGCAUUGCGAUCAGCUGACACAGUGUGCUGGGAUCAGAGAUGGGCCACGAGUGGAAGUCAGAGAUCAUUUUACGUUGUGUCGCACAGCAAAAAUGUCGGCAAUGCUUUAUUUCGCCUAAACUAAAGAAAACUAUCCUACUGUGAGAUACUUUCCUCCACAGCUGGUGUCUGACAUUCACUUAAACUACCUCACAAACGGAUAAAAAUUUCGUUGUCUGGGAAUCCGAAGUGAAACGUUUUAGGCUGUUUUUAGUUGUUUAACGGCAUUUUCAAUCCCACUACCCACCCAUGAGUCAUUGCGGGACCAGGGCACUGGAGUAUUUUUUGCCCUGGGUUUGACCUCUCAGGAAAGCACACAUAGGAGCUGUGCAAUCUCCAUAUAUUACAGAAGGUAGCAGUGUUAAGAUUUAUGCUACAUAAGGUUGGAUAAGGUUUGUUAUAGCCGACAAAUUAGUUUUUGUCUGCAGUCUGUAAAGAAUAGCUGCCUGACAGCCUUGCCUCCGGGUAAAUCUUUUCGUGGUAAAAUGUAGUUCGCUGCAGUGCCCUCCACCGGUGUUACGGCUAGUGGUGGCAGGCCGGCGCUCUCCUAGUUAAAGAGUCUCUGUAGUUUGCCUUCUUGACACACCUUUUGUUGUCUCGUCGAGCUGGAGUCAGCUAACGGUUGCUACCGAGCAUCACCCGUGUCGACUGCCCGACAGCGGCGAAGUGAAGUCGGGGAUAAAGAGUUACUCUGAAGCCGAGGGAGCCGAGAAGUAACGGCCAACACCCUGCCAGGAUGAGUGGUGAUGAAUUGAAUCCAGCUGCAGUGGCUCAGCCAGUAGAGGAUGUACAAGGAGAUGGACGGUGGAUGUCACAGCACACAAGAUUUGUGCAGGAGUGUAAGGAUGGUGAACCAGAUGUGCUUUUUGUGGGGGAUUCUAUGGUACAACUAAUGCAGCAGUAUGAGGUCUGGAGGGAGUUGUUCUCUCCUCUUCAUGCACUCAACUUUGGAAUUGGAGGGGACACCACCUGUAACGUGCUGUGGAGGCUGCAGAAUGGAGAGCUGGAGAACAUUCGUCCCAAGGUGGUGGUGUUGUGGGUAGGAACCAACAAUUACGAACACACAGCAGAGCAAGUUGCAGGAGGAAUUCUUGCCAUUGCACAACUGCUCACCUCCUGCCUACCCAAGGCAAAGAUAGUUGUAAUGGGCCUGUUGCCUCGAGGGGAGCGGCCCAACCCGCUGAGGGAGAAGAAUGCUGCCAUUAACGGGUUUCUGCGCUCCUGGCUGCCUCGUCUGGGCCAGGCUCAGUUACUGGAUGUUACCGCGCCGUGGCCAAGCCCCUCAGCGACCUGCUGCUUCAGAUACUGGACGAGACGCCAGAGGAGAGGCGGGCGUCACUGGUUUGAGGGCCGUGGCUGAACAGCACAUUAUCCAGAGGCCUGUCUCACCCGCUGCUGUGGGAGAUGGGGGAGACAAGCCCCUGGUAUCUGGAGGAGGAAGGGCUCACUCAUAGGGGGGAAGAGAUACCCUGAUGUGAGUGGGCCCAUGAGGGGUGUGGGAUAACAUUCAUGAGUGGAGGGUUGGGUGUGGAGAGGUGCUGAAGAGGGAGAGAGACCUCACUACAGACAUAGACACUGUGAUUGCAGUAGUAAGCUCUAUUGCAAAAGGAUUUACCAAGGUCAGACUACUCUGAAUAAUAGACAGAUAUACUGAGAUCAUGUGGGACUGCAGUGGCACACACACAGAUUAAUCUUGGCCUGUGGAUAAAAUGAGUGCAUCCCUCCGUCACUUUUGCCACGGAGACAUGAUAGAAAACAGAAAAACCCAAUUUAAUUUGUUUGAUGUCCGAAAAACUGUUAACUGCGCGGCCUCUCUAUUAACACAUGAGAAGUCCAGCGCACAACAUACAGUAGGCAGAACGUUAUCUAACAUUGUACAAUGUUAUGAGUCUGAAGUAUACUACAGAGCAGUGGUUCCUAACCUGGUGGUCAGGGCCCCCCAAGGAGUGCCAAGAAACAUCUGCGCAUCAGAAGAAAGAAAGAAGGAAAAUAUUAAGAUUACAUAGAACUAUUUUUUUUUCUCUGACGUUUCUUUUUUUUCUUUUUUUAACACUUGAUACUUCCACCUCUUCAGGCUUUUAAAAACCCUAAAAACCCUAAUGAAACAAUUGGAGAAGUAAAAAUUACUCCUUUGUGUGACAUUGCUUCCUUUUUAAGGGACCACAAGUCAAAAAGGUUGGGAACCACCGCUACAGAGUGGCUACUGCUGAGAUGCACAUGAUGUAUUAGAGCGAGCGGUAUUUAAGAAGAACUCUUACAAUUAGACGAUUUUGCUUACAGUGUAAUUGUGCAACACAAAAAAUAUAUAAAACAACUUACACAAAUUUACUCUGAUAGUUUUGUCAGUCCAGUUCUUUGUGUACUAUGUCAUAUACUCAGCCAGAUAAGGAGCACGUUGUCUACUAAAUGUUCCGUUUUGAACUCAGUAUGUAACUAUUUAGAUGUCUUUACAAAUUGUUAAUCAAUAUAAAAUAGAUCAGUGGAUAUCUGGGGAGACCACACAUACAGUAUUCAUUUUGUGUGACCUGAAACAUCACUGAACUAGAUGCUCAACUCAUACCUGAUGUUGGUGUUCACUGCAUGCAUGUUUUAAGGUGAGCCUCAGCUUUGGCUUUAGAAAGUCGGCCAACGCUUCUGUAUUACAUUAAGUGUACAUUAAUUAUUUAUGUACAUUAAAUGAGUGAAUGUAUCAUGUAUUCAUAUGUAUCCAUUAGUGAUGUUAAGCUGUUGAAUCUGCUUGUCCAAUAAUCUACAUAGGUCUUCCAAACAACCCCAACCCUGCUCCUUACAUGUAAAGCUUCUUUCAUAUCCAGAGAGUGUAUUUACAAUUUAUUUGUAGAAUUACAUUUCAUCAUUUAGGUCCAAAAAAAUCUACUACGGUAUUUCAUUUCAAAGUCUAUAAAAGGAGUAGUUAACACAUUUCAAUUUGUUUUUUAUUGCUAAACUAAGUCCUGCUAGCUUUCUAAUAUGUGCUCCUAGCCACUUCUCUACUGUGUCCUGAGUAUCUUUUCAAGGACACUUUUGAGUAGAAAAAAUAUAAUUUCAGGCCAUGUUAUUCUAGUGUUCCAGUGCAACAGUGCACUUGAUUUUAAUUUUUCACGACAAACUAAGACAUUUUGAGACAAACAGGUGGUUGUCACAUUAGUGCCAGUCCUCCUGCCUUCAUCUUAUGUUGCUAAUCAUAACAUGAGUUAUUCCUUAUGAACACAGAUUGACGUGGGACAUGCACUGUUUCUUCCUGUGCCUGUAUCUCAAACUAAUAUGUCCAUAUAUUCAUGGUCAGACCCUCAGACUUUGACUAGCACAGGCUCUCUCUCCCUCACCCUCCUUAAUACAUGAAUAUACAGUGUUUUCUCUUCGAAGCACGUUUUCAUUCUAUUUCUCACCACCUCUUUAUUUCUGUCACUGUUGUAUUUGUAGUUGACUCCAGCCCUGCCUCCCUGGGACCUGACAUCUCUACAUGGUAUAGUAAUUGAAUUUCAUUUAGGAAUAAAAAAAAUCGCCACAUGGUUAAGCUACUGAACACAGCUAUACUGAAUAUUGUCACGCUAAAUGCUAAAAAGCAAUCACAGGUCAUGUAAAUAAAAACAUUCGUCUGUGAGCUUAUACUGUAGCUAUUUCUCCAUGGCUUCAGUUCUGUUCAAAUUGUGGCUGAGAGUGUCAUGUCGAGGAUCAGAUUAUACUGCUGUCUUAAGAUCUGCACAUUCGCGUGCUGUGUUAAAUAUAAAUAGUGUAUGUGUGUGCCUUAAGUGUUCAUGGAGGACGGCUGUGCACAGUAUGUCUGGUACUGGAUUGUGUAAGUUGGAUGUAUGAGUGUUUAGAAGUGACCACAGUUGUAUAUAAGACACGUGAAGAUUGAGAAAAUAAUGCCUGAAGAGGGUUCAGAUUGGGGGAGUCUGUGUGUGGUGCAAUACAGUAUUUGCACUGUUUUGACUUGCUGUCACGUUAUUGCAUUAAAGCAU